AUGGAGCAAGGAGAAAAUUCAAAAACAUUUUCAAAUGUCAGUGGACAUGUUGAAGAAGGUAAAACUGAUGAAAUUAUUGAUGAAGUUAAUUUUAUUGGACCAAGAGUACAGAAAAAAGAUGAAACUGAAAGAAGAACAGAUGAUGAUAAAAAAGAUGAUGAGAAGGAUGAUAUUUUAGAUAUUGACUUUACUACAAAUGAAGAAAUUGAAAAAAUGAAACUUGGACAAAAAGUAGAGAUCAUUGGAUACGUUGAUGAAGUUGAAGCUUGUCAUAUGGCUGGAAAUUAUUUAUUGUUUAAAUUUAUAUUGAACAACAAUAACGGUAAGAGAUUGCAAGUAGUAGCAUGGAGGGAAGAAGCAGAACGAACAGAAGCAGAAAUUUCUAUUUAUAAGAUAAUUUAUUUAGAGAAAGCAAAGACUAAGAUAAUCAAUAGUUAUACUGGAGGUAAUCAUAAAAAUUUUGAAAUUUCGAUUAAAGACGACACUAUCAUUCAGGGCUUGGGUACUAUGAAGAAAAAGCAUAUCCGAGUAAUAUCUUCUUAUGAUUCAAAAGUCGAAUAUCCUUUGGUGAAUCUUGAUCAAAUUCAAGGAAAUCUCUUACCAACGAUUAUGCGUACGUGGGGAUUUUUGAAAACAACAUUUUCUGUCAAGAGUACUGGAACGUCUACCAGAAAUGAAGCGACUAGUUAUAUUACUGAUGGUAAUUUAAAAUUAGAGAUUAGAAUUUUAAAUUAUAGUGCGAAUGAUUUGUGUCAAGGAAAUCAUGUAGAAGUGAUUGGAUUUCCGGAAAUUAAAGAUAAUUAUUUAGUACUGACUGUAGAAACUAUUAAUGAAAUGCGUAAAAUGAGCAAUGAAAUUAAACCUUUGAAAUGGUUAUUGAAAGGAAAAAAUUCUAUUACUGUGCCUGAGUAUAACAAACGCCAAAAAUUGAAUUAA